AUUUAUUAAUAUCGAUAUAUCAGGGCUCAAGAUAUCGAAAUAAAUUAAAUUUACUAUUUGUGAUAUAUCGACUUAUCUAGUAGGUUUCUUGACCUUGUGACUGUAGAAGUACUAUAGUCUUCUUCAAGUUACAAUUGUUUUUUUUUUUUGUUUGAAUGCAUCUUAUAGUUUGGCCUGUUACAGUUCAUAAAUUUGAUUACUGGAAUAGGUCUGCUUGGUUGAGGUACAAAUAAUCUUGUUGUUUAUACGAAAUAUAAAUGGCUGAUAAAAGUGAAUCUACUGGCAUGAAAAACGUUAGUAUUUUCAUAAAAGAAGAAAUAACUGAUGAAAAUGAAUCUGAUUUCACAAAUAACCUAAGUGUUUCUACAAAGGAAGAAAUCACUUGUGAAGACGAUUAUGAUUGUAUAAAUAAUGUGUGCGUUUUUAUAAAAGAAGAAAGCGCUGAUGAAAAUGAGACUACUUAUCCCACGACAAGUAGCAGUAAAGAGGAAGGACUGGAAGUUGAUUGUGGUACAUAUAAGCUGAAUGUUUCUACAAAAAAAGAAAUGACUGAUGAACAUGAGCCUACUUGUAUAAAUAAAUUAAGUGUUUCUACUAAAGAAGAAAUGACUGAUCAACAUGAGUCUACUUGUAUAAAUAAGUUAAGUGUUUCUACAAAAGAAGAAAUGACUGAGGAAUAUGAGUCUACUUUUCUCUCUUAUGGUAUGAAACAGGAGGAAAGACAGCAGAUAUGUAAUGGAGGAUUUAUUCCUAUGAAACAAGAAGAAGAACUUCUUAUUUCAGAUGUGGGUACUAUGGAUUCCCACGACAAAAUAACUGAGAUUAGUGGAAGUCGCAUAACAACCAAUGCAUACAAUGCUUUUAAGAAUCCAGCUCAUUCAAUGUCUUCCGAUACAAGUGAGAUGAUUUAUUAUAACUGUCAUGAUUGUGGUGGUUAUGUAAGAUUAUCAGCUGAUAAUUUAAAGUUACAUGUAACAUCACAUCAGAAAAAUAAGAAGUCUUCUCAAUCUGAUUCAUCAGAUAUGAUGAAAGUAGAUAAAAUGUCUCAUCAAUGGCAUAAUCAAUUUUUUCAUUCUGAUCCAAAAUAUGAAACAUCUGAACUUAUGGACAAACAGAAAAAGGUCCUCCAUAGAGAUAAAAAACCUCAUAAAUGUCCUCAUUGUGAUUAUAAAUCAGCAUUUGCAACAGAUUUAAAAACUCAUAUAAUGGGUCGUCAUUCUGGUGAAAAGCCUCACCAAUGUCCUUAUUGUGAAUAUAAAUCAGGAUAUGCAUCAAGUUUAAGAAGUCAUAUAAUGGGUCGUCAUUCUGGUGAAAAGCUUCACCAAUGUCCUUAUUGUGAACAUAAAUCAGGAUAUGCAUCAAGUUUAAAAAAACAUAUAAUGGGUCGUCAUUCUGGUGAAAAGCCUCACCAAUGUCCUUAUUGUGAAUAUAAAUCAGUAUAUGCAUCAAAUUUAAAAAAUCAUAUAAUUGGUCGUCAUUCUGGUGAAAUGCUUCACCAAUGUCCUUAUUGUGAACAUAAAUCAGGAUAUGCAUCAAAUUUAAAAGCGCAUAUAAUGGUUCAUCAUACUGGUGAAAAGCCUUAUCAUUAUCAUUGUUCUUAUUGUGAUUAUAAAACAGUAAGUGCAUCAAGUUUAAAUAAUCAUAUAAUGGGUCGUCAUACUAGUGAAAAGCCUUAUCACUGUUCUUAUUGUGAUUAUAAAUCAAUAACAAAAUCAUAUUUAAAAAAGCAUAUAAUGGCUUGUCAUACUGGUGAAAAGCCUUACCAUUGUUCUCAUUGUGAAUAUAAAACAGUAUUUGGUGAAAGUUUGAAAAAACAUAUUAUGGCCUGGCACACUGGUGAAAGUCUUUCCUUGCGCACCACUGGUGGAAGGCCUCACCAAUGUCCUCAUUGUGAUUAUAAAACAGUAAAUACAUCAAAUUUAAAAAAACAUAUAAUGGUUCAGCAUACUGGUGAAAAGCCUUAUCAUUGUUCUUAUUGUGAUUAUAAAACAGUAAAUGCAUCAAUUUUAAAAAAUCAUAUAAUGGUUCAUCGUACUGAUGAAAGGCCUUAUCCAUGUUCUUAUUGUGAUUAUAAAUCAAGAACAAAAUCAUAUUUAAAAAAUCAUGUAAUGGUUCGUCAUACUGGUGAAAAGCCUUAUCAUUGUCCUCAUUGUGAAUAUAAAUCAGUUAGGAGUAAUCGUGUGAAAGAUCAUAUUAAGUCCCGUCAUACAGGAGAAAAGCCUCACCAAUGCCCUUAUUGUGAAUAUAAAUCAGUUUAUAGUGGUCAUGUGAAAAAUCAUAUAAUGGCUCGUCAUACACGAAAAAAGCCUCACCAAUGUCCUCAUUGUGAGUAUAAAUCAGUAUAUAAUGGAAGUUUGGAAAAACAUAUUAUGGCCCAUCGUACAGAUGAAAAGCCUCUCCAGUGUUUUCAUUGUGAAUUCAAAGCAUUUUACCGAUCAUCGUUGAAAACUCAUAUAAGAGCCUAUCAUAAAGUUUAAAAGUUGUAAUUACUACCCUCAAUGUAUCUAUAGCAUGCAGAAAAUUAAUGGUUAAUGAAAGGUCAUAACAUAAUUUCAAUUUUUGUAUUAUACCAAUUAAUAUAUUUUAGAAAUUUUAAGUUACCAACACAGAAAACUACUUGAAUGUGUGCAAAAAUAAAAUUAAACUAUAUAUAUAUAAUAUAUAUUACUUUGUAUUUUGUGACUUUACUUUAUUAGUAAUAAUAAAACACAAUUUGAUCACAG